UUAAUUUAAAUAGUUUUUAUAGUUUGUUUCAUACAGUGAAUAAUCGUGUGAGCAGAAAACAUGACAAAGUAUAAAAAAAAAAAAAAAAAAGGAAUAUAUGAAGGUUUCUGCAUUCAAGCUAACGGAGGCAAUAAAUUUACAUUUUAACUGAAAAUGGUAAUCUACGUUGAUUGCCAU